AACUUCCGCCACAUUCUGCCGCCAUCUUGCACCACUGACGCUCUUCUUGUCUAUAAUUUCGAGGCAUAGGGCAUAGAUCGUAUUUAUGGGUGAGGUUUUCCUGGUGGAUUGAUUAUGUAUACGACGUUUUGAGAUGGAUACGUGGUCCAGUUUGUGCCGUUGCUGCCUGUCGCCCGAAUCUGAAGUGUCACUUUUCGAUAAUGAGAAAAACGUGAAGGAGAAAUUUUUGGAAAUCACUACAAUCGAGGUGAACACAGAUGAUGGGCUGCCGCAGAAGCUGUGCGGCCAGUGCUACGAGACCCUCAGCUCUGCCUACCAGUUCCGGAAGCAAUGUAUCAGGAUGGAGUCUGAACUCAAACUACAGUUAGAAGCCCUACUCACUCAGGCUGAGCAAGAAAGUCAAGCAAUAAACGAGGCCGAAGGUAACGAACAGGACCAAGAUGAUAUAGCUAACAACCCUGAAAAACAACUAGAGGCUAUCAUCAAAGCGGAACCUACUGACAGUGAUGAUGACUAUUAUUAUGUACUCGUCAUUGAUGAUCCUAAAGAUAAAGAUCAAAAUGAAAGUGAAGAGACCGCUAUCGCUAAUAUCAAACAAGAGCUCAUGAACCAUGCGGAGGAGGUGACCGUUGAAGAUAAAAAUGAGGAAAGCGUAAAUGAGCAGCAGUUUGAAAUGAACCACUUUCUUAUCUCAGACACCAAAGUCCCUACCAAUGUGCCGGCUACUAUACUUGAAAAUGAGGAAGAGAGUCAAGAAAAUGAACAUGUUCAAUUUGAAAAUGCUGUGGAAGAGGAAAACCAGGAUGAAACGCAGGAUGAACAUGAUUUCACCAUCAUGGAUGCAGAUGUCGAAGACUCUCAAGACAAUGUCACAGAUUUAGUCGAUGCUAUCACAGGGGAAAUUGGCGGGGGUCUAACCAAAACUAUUGGUAAGAACAGCUUCAUUAAAAUUAUUGCUGCCAGCGGUAAUGACGGAACCAUCUUACUCAAAGAUAAUGUGGCAUUCUUAACUGAAGCCCAGUUCGACGGAAAUGAAGAUGGUGAUGCCAUGUCCCAAGAGGAGGAGGUGAUAUUCUGUGAAGGAGAUGAUUCAUCACAAUUCCAAAUACUGAAGUGUGAGGGCUCUGAGCUAGUGAUAGAAUAUGCUGAUGAUGGCCAGAUAGCUACUGUCUUGCAGCAAGAGGAUGGCAGCUUCCUCUGUGAUUGCGGAGAACAAUUUGAAGAUUUAGCAGACUAUGAAAAGCAUCAAUACACCCACACUGCUACUGAAGACCAUACCUGUAAUCUCUGUGGCAAAGGUUUUGAGUCCGCUGAGAUACUAACCGGUCACACUUUGCUUCACAACGUCACAGGGCUACUUGUCAUGUGCCCAUUCUGCAACCAACUUAUCAGAAGAAAUGCUUUGACACAACAUAUAAAAUAUGGACACAAUAACAUCAAACCACGCUGCAAUGUUUGCUUAAAAACUUUCGCCAAUCCCAACAACUUAAAACGGCACAUGAUGAUCCAUAGUGGUAUAAGGCAAUUCGAAUGUGAUAUCUGCUUUAAAAGGUUCCAUCAAAAGAUAACCAUGCAGACACACAGAUUGACUCAUAUUAAUCCAUUUUCAUGCAAUGAAUGUGACGAAACCUUCCCCAGCAAAUCAGAGCUAGCAACUCACAAAGAAUCUAAUGAAUGCACAAAAUCCAAAGUUAGAAAAGUUAGGGAUGAACUGAUGAAAACAGCAAAACAUGAGAUUACUACUAAUCUAGGCAAACUUCUGGGUUACGCUUGUGCCUUGUGUAAGAAGAUGUUUUCUGUAGAGUCCGCCUUAGAGCAACAUAUUGAUAGUGUACACUUGGUAGACCCAAAUGAGCUGUUAUGUUCAGAGUGUGGUGAAGUCCUAACGUCUAAAAAAGAUAUGCAGAGCCACAUACUGACUCAUAAAACUAUAAAGCUUAAGAAUUCAAAGAGAUUUGAGUGUGGGAUCUGUGGGAAGAGCUGUGCUAGUCAAGCUAUGUUGGUGAUGCAUGAGAGAGUGCAUACUAAUGAGCGCCCGUUCCCCUGCCACCUCUGUUCGCUCCGAUUCAAAACCAAAACCCACUUGAGAACACAUCAACUCACUCAUACUAGAGAGAAGAAGUUUGGUUGUUCUGUGUGUAUGAAAUUCUUCGCACUCAAAGGAAAUUUAGUAGUCCAUCUUAGAACACAUACUGGAGAACGGCCUUACAUUUGCACCUUGUGCGGAGAAUCCUUUAUCGAUUCCAAAUAUUUGAAGAAGCAUAAGUUAAAGAAGCAUGCAAUACAGAAUGUUCCUUGGAACAAGUACUGAUUUGAAACUUAAGUGAUUUUACCUGUAUUUCUUGUAAAUAAUAUACUUAAUAGUAGCAAGUUUUUCCUUAAUUUAAUUAGUCAUGGGAUGCAUCUCUUAAAGCAGUAAUCAUAGGCUAUAGAAGGCUUGUCAAACUAGUUUUAAGAUCUGCAAGAUUUAAUCCUGUGUGUAUAUUUUUAGUUUGUUACGGUUUAAAUUACGCAGUAUGUUACUGUGCUUAUGGCCUACAUAUCAUACUUGAAUAGUAUUUUAAUUUGUUUUUGUGUUUUCAAGGAUAUUUUUUAGUUUGCUGAACAGAAAGAAAAGUAGAAGUGCAUAAUGGCAAAUGUUAGACAUACUCUGCCCACCAGAUGGAGUUGGCAACUGUCAAAGGUUUUUAUAGAUGGCGCCAGCAUAGGUUUUCCCUGCUUUUAGUUUAGCUCUAUGACGGCCAUACAAUUUCAAAACAAUAAAAACAGAUUUUGACACUAUUUGUAGGAUUGUCAGGCAAAACCUAUGCUGGCGCCAUCUGUAAAAUAAAUCGACUGGCUGACUUUAUUAUUUCUUAUCAAUAGUAGUAAGGUUAUUAAUUUUCAGAACAAGCUUUUUUCUUACAUAUUGAAUCUGUGAUUUUAUGGUAGAAGUCAAAAAAGUAAUUCUCUUGUGUAAUUAAAAAUUUGUGUAAAUGUUCACACCAAAAUGUUUUUUUUUAAUGUUGUAUCACUGUUGUAUGUAUUAGUCAAUGACAACAAAGAAUGACAAUAACUGUGGAAAAUGAGGUUAUAAAAUUAAUCAAUUGUUUUUUAACUUGUGAAGUAAACUAAACAAAUCAAUUUAAUUUCUGGAAUCACAUCUUGAUUGUGUAUGUGACUUUGUAAACA